GCUUGCGGCGCGUCCCUGUGCCGGCGUCGGCCGGUGUCCCCGGAGUCUGCACACCGGUCCCGGGGUGUGGACCGGCCCUGAGGCCGCCGUGCAGCCGGCCUUCGGAAGGGGCCUCGCGGGAACCAUGAGCCGCCGGCUCGGCGGGGCGGCGGCGCUGCUGCUCGGGCUGCUGGUGGAGUGCACAGAAGCCAAAAAACAUUGCUGGUAUUUUGAAGGACUCUAUCCCACAUACUAUAUAUGCCGUUCCUAUGAAGACUGCUGUGGCUCCAGGUGCUGUGUGCGGGCCCUCUCCAUACAGAGGCUGUGGUACUUUUGGUUCCUUUUGAUGAUGGGUGUGCUCUUCUGCUGCGGAGCUGGUUUCUUCAUCCGCCGGCGCAUGUAUCCACCACCACUCAUUGAAGAGCCCACAUUCAAUGUGUCCUACACCAGGCAGCCACCGAACCCUGCUCCAGGAGCCCAGCAGAUGGGGCCGCCAUAUUACACUGACCCUGGAGGACCCGGGAUGAAUCCUGUUGGCAAUACCAUGGCAAUGGCUUUCCAAGUCCAACCCAGUUCACCUCACGGAGGCACAACCUACCCACCCCCUCCUUCCUACUGCAACACGCCCCCACCUCCCUAUGAACAGGUGGUGAAGGACAAGUAGGAAGAUGCUACAUAGAAGGCAAAGAGGCUGGACAGGCCCUUCUGUGUGUCCUCGCCAUCCUCACUGAUCCUUGCUAACAGGGUGGUCCAAGGGCAAACUGCUCUUUGAUGUCUUCAGAGCAAGCCCAGCUCUCUUUCAAGUUUUUUGUGGAGGACAUUUGAAUUUCACACUGCGUCUCCUCUGUUGCUUCUGUUUCUGAUGUAGUCUGUGCUCUCUGAGAGAGUGUGGCAGCAGUCCCCGAGGGUUGACAUUCCUGCCGUGGCCCAGGGAGAUCCUCGGGAGAGAGGCUAAGAGGAAAGGAAGGCAUAGCCUAUGUGCCGGGGCAGAUGGAGGGUCAGGCUGAGCUAAGAAUCGCAUGAUGCAGUCAUGGGCAGACAAGUUCAAAGGGCCACUAUCCACUGUCCUAGCCCAUCCUCCUAACAGAAGCUGUGGAAAUGUGCUGGGGAGGCCUGUUGAUGCUGUUUGGUCUCCACUCACAUCCUGAAUAUAGGCUAUCCUCUGCAGAGACAGGAAAGACCCAAGUCUAUGCUGCUUCCACUGCAAGAUGACGGUCAGAAUCAGGCCCCAGUUGGACAUCUGCAGUUAACUAAAGGCCAUUAAAGAGAGGAAGUCUUUUAAGUUAAGGGAAAUUAUUCCCUGCUCCAAAUGGAGACAUUGCAUUUUCCGAAUCACACUCUGGCUUCAGAUGGAAAAAGUUUUUCUUUUAGUGCAUUUAUUGAAGUGACAGCCCUGUCCUUUGAGAUCAGAUGGAGAGUGUGAAACCUUGGGGUCACUUCUCCGAGGGCUUCAACACCCUUCCCUUAGGUAGUUCUGGUGAUGGGUUUCAUGAGCCAUUCAGGACAGGGGACACAUUAGGCCGGGUAGUUACACCGACCCUUGGAGCAGGAGAGAAGAGCUAAAGUAGCCCUGCAACACAAGACCAGCAUUGCUGAGUAAGAGCUAGGCUUGUAGUUGACCCAAGCAGAGAUGUGCUGGGCUCAGAAGAGGGCAAGUUUAUGGAUAAAAACAAUGGAAAUCUACUUAGUUUCACAGACCAUAUAAUCAAAGUUAGAGAAAGAAGGUGUAGUUAGAGAUGCUGUUUCCCAGGUGAGAAUCAGAGCUCACCCAUAGAUUUACAAGUAGUGGAGGGAGUUCUCAACAGUGAAGAGUGCUGUUCCCUUGCGUAGUUAGUCACGUUGAUGUGUAUUUAAACCCAGAUUGAGCCCUUGUGUCCUAAGAGCAAGGCAGUAUAGCUAAGACGUCUAGGUUACUUUAUGUGUAGUAUUGUGGGGAGUGGGCCGGGAGUAAGGGGACUGACAUUUUAAAUGAACUAAUCAGAGCCUUUUGCUAAAUUGUUACUUGUUGGAUUGGGCAUCCAAACAUCUCCCUAGAGUGGACAUGGAGUGUUCUUUACCACCUACCAGACCAGGAGGCGUGGUGUCAUGCUCUGUUGGGGUAUUUGUGUAGGACAGGGGUCCAGGAGUCAGGACAGUAGCGGCAUGGGCUUAGUUUAAGACAGAGAGCAUGGGGACUUGGUAGACAGUUUCAUAGGAAAUCCCAGGGAAGGAAUGAACACCCCUUAAGGCAGUUCAUGGACACAGUGCUGCUGCCCAAAUCAUUGAGCACCCUUGUGUCUCUGGCAUCCUGUCCUGGAUCCAGUACCACUCCAGGUUUGGGUCCUUGUUUUAAUUAAGACGACAAAGCACAAUGUCUGCUGUUUACAAUCAAGACAACUACAUGGUCCAAACAUUUCCACUCCUAUCACUUGUGGUUUUAACUUCCGUUUCCUCCGUUCCUUUUUAAAAUAAGCACAGUCAGAGCUGUUCCUGGGAUCACACCGGAGACAGCUGUCGAGGCAUUAGUGUCCAUGGCUACAUUUUAUCUUUUUGAUAGCAAAUCCUUUUGAGAAACUGAGUGGCUGGUAGGGCUCAGCAAUUUUAUACUCCAGUGUCUGUGUAAAAUAAAUUUUAUCUGCCAGUAAGCCUGCAUUGGAAUUCCUUCAGCCGUAAACACUGGCAGCGCCUAUGGAAAUUGCACUUUUGGGGACAUUUCCCAGCAUUCUUGUUUUCUUGUCUUCAGUGAGUAAUGCUCACCCCUUCCAACAACUCCACUUAAGUGUGCUGAGGUCCUACAGAGCGGUGCUUGGGGACAGACCCGAAGCAGACUUGUGCAUGCUCUUUCUUGGCAACACUUGGCUCAUGUUUCUUUUUUGUUCUCUUUUGAUAGAGUCCUGUUUCCUAUGUAUAAAAAAUAAAAGUGAAUUUGGUCA